AGGGGUGAGAGUACUGUAGCACAGAUAAGUAUAUACAAAGAGACGUGAAGAGGAAGGAAGAAAGAAGCCUCAAUAAUGAAGGAGCACGGAAGCAAACUUCCGGCGGAGCAGCCUGCGAAGAUUCUCAAGUCUUUAUUAAAAAAACCUGGUCAAUCUAAAAGUAGAUCGCAGAAAAAUCGAGUUGUAAUAAACGAAAAGUUGAACGAAUUUUUUGCUGCUGAUUAUAUAAUAUUGAUAAAGGAAGAGUGUUGUACCGAUUACGAAGAGGAUUGCGAUUGUUGUUGUCAAGAACACGAAUUGAUGCGUUUAGGAAGCUGUAAAGAAUGUCGUGCCGAAUUGAAUCUUCAUUUCGGUGUAUCCAACAGUCCGUAUCACGAUAUGGAAAGAGAUGGAGGAAUGAUACACGAUAACGCUUUCAGGGGACAAAGUUGCGGCAGUGAAGGAUUCGGCUGUGUGGAACUGCACGUAGGGCACGAAGACGAUGAAGAAUAUGAAGUAGAAAUACAAGGUGAGGAGGAAAAAAUAGAAAAGGGAGAUGAAGAGGAAGCCAAAGAAUUAGAGGAAAAGGAAGAAAUUAAAGAGGAAGUUGAAGGAAGAAAGGAACGUGUAGUACAGAAAAGGGUUGAAAUGCGUAAACAUACGGAAACGGAAGAAAGAAAAUCAAUGGUAGAGGAGACGAUAGGAAAGGUAGCACAGACGACCAAUGUACGGGACAAAAACAAAUGGGAUAAAGUCGAUGUACCAAAGAACAUGGCCAGUUAUAAACGAGCAGUUGAAUUUCUUUCCCCACCAUUGUCUUCGUCGUCGUCGCUUCAUCCACCGUCACUAUCACCACCACCACCACCACCACCACCAACAACAACAACAACACCAUCAUCGUCGCAAUCAUCGAUAGAUAGACCGACAUCGCCAACGCUUCCAACGCAAGAACAUCAACAAGAAACACUCAGUCCACCAGAAGGUUACAAAGAUGUUUAUUCGAAUGAAGAAUUUUCUAACAUAGCGGAAUGCUGCUUAGAAUCGUCCUUAAAUUAUCUUCGCUUGCAAGGAACAACAGGGCAAGAGAUCGAAGGAGAAUCGCAAUGCGAGCAUGGAAUAACUCAAGAUGGUUAUGAUGGGCAUGUACGGAAAGCGGAGCAACAAUUGGAAAAAUCCACGCCUAAUGAAUCCCGACAUCGAUACCUCGUGGAGACGAUAACUAUGACAACCGUUACCGAACGUCGUAUUGUACGAGAAAUCAGCGAAGAAGAAGAUAUCAAGUUGCAACAUGCAAGGAAAAGUGCUGCUAGUCGUAAGAACAUUUCUCAGAGAAACAUUGCUUCUCGUGGCACAGAAAUGACAGUUAAUCGGGAUGCGAGCAACAACCGUGACACGAUUCGUGAUAACGAUCAGGUCCAAUCUAUCGGACACAAUGAGGAAAUAAUCCGUUGUAGUAAUCUUUCCACUGAUCCACGUAAUAGUACCUUGCUUAAGAAAACCUUGCUUAAGAAAACGGUAAACGAUACUGAAGGACACAUCGGUGAAAACCAAACACCAUCUGAUAUAAAAGAGCCUUCUCUUGUAUUUAAAUUGGGUAAUUCCAGUUUAACUGGUAACAGCCUAAAGCCAAAUUCCGCAGUUAGACAAUUAUUUCCAAAUCCAAAGUUCGUUUCGCCACCGCCGGCUCCCCUUGGCAAACUUGCUUCUACGCAUGCUCCCGAUAGUCCGCAAGAUGGAUUAGCGUUUCUCGUUAACACGGAAAAUUUACGAUUCCUCGAUCUUACAAAGAGAUCGAAAAAUCAUUCGGAAAAUUCAGCUACUUCUCUCAACGACGAGUCGAUGAAUCCAAUUAAAAGGACCAUCGAAAGGAAUACCCUUCGAAGAAGUCUUCUUGAUAAAUAUCGUACAAAUUCUCGAAAGAAAAUCCCCCCUUCGAGAAACUUGUCAUUAGAGGAACGAAUACGUCAACUUACUUGUGUGGACCAAGAAGAGGAUGAUAUUUCUAAUAGUUAUAUUAAAAAGGACAUAGACUCGCUGACGUGUAUGGAAAUGGAUAACCGGCAAUUACGAGGACACGAAGAAACUUCGCCAUCAUCCUCUGAAAUAUUUAUCCGUAAUACAACCGCAAUCGACGAAAUGUCAACGAUAGCGGCGUUGCCGACAUCCAUACACCUUCCUAUGAAAUUCAAGGCAUUAUCCGAUACAACGACAACAAUAAAUACUACCACUACCAUUGCCGGCACCACCACCGACAUAAUCGCUACAACUGCAAUGGCAACGAUGAUCACGCCAAGCUCGUCGUUAGCGAUAAAUACAGCGACAACAACUACAACCAUGACAACGGCGGUGACAGGCUCUAAUUAUUAUAAGCAAAAUUCUUCGGCUGGUAAUAGCGCAGUAUCAGAUAAUAUUCAUAGCCAGUCGACUUAUAAGAAAUUGACAGAUCUGUUUGUACAUAAGAGAAGUAUUCAUACCAACUUACCUGAUUUAGGCCUCGGAAAUAAUGGUAAAAACAAUAAUAUCCUCAAAGAUAGUCAGCAAUCGAAAAGCUCGAUAAAAAUAAAUAAUUCUGAUGUACGUAAACAAUUCUUAGCCAGUCUUGCGCCACUGUCAUGUGUAACCGUUAAUAAUACAGAUACUCAAGAAGAUUAUUAUCGGUAUAACGCUAAAAUGGUGGUUAAUGAAAAUCGCGGUUCAUCAUCGACCGAUUACAAUUCCUUUUCGCCUUACAGUCUGGAAGAUAUUGAAGCGGCUCUCUGCGACGAUGAUCGAAAUUACGUAGGUCCACCAGAUGUUACCAAAGGUACACCGACAACAAGUAUCAACAGACUUGACACAAGAGAUAGCGUAACGGAUGAAUUAUUAGCAUUUGUAGAGCAGGACAAGUUUAGAACUGAAAGAAUAAAACGACGUUAUAACGAAGUCGACAAUCAAUAUCAGCCGAUAACAAAUAGUACCAAUGGUUAUAACAUGGACGACAAAAUUGAUAGAAUUGUCGAUGGAAAGAACGAAGGUAAUGAUAAUCGGCAACGACUCGGUUUUUCACAUAACGAAAAUCGUGAGCGUGAAAACAACGUGAAUAAGAAUCGUGGUGGUUGCAGUAGUAAUAGCAGUAGUGGUAUUGGCGGUGGUGGUAGUAGUAGUAGUAAUAGUAGUAGUACUAGUAGUAGCAGCGGCGGCGGUGGUGGUGGUGGUGGUGGAAGUAUUGGUGGUGGUGGUGGUGGUGGUGGUACUGAAAUACAACGUAUGGUUCAUCGCCGUUACAAUAACAGCAAUAACAGUAAUAACAGCAAGAGUAACAAUAUUGACGACGACAACGACGACGACGACGACGAUGACGACGACGGCGACGGCGACAACGAUGACGAAGAAGACGACGACGACGAAGCGGAUGACGACGACGACGAAGACGACGACGAUGAACUAAAUGAUUAUGGAUUUAAUCGUAGACCAUCCGUAACAGGUAUCAAACGACAGCAGCAAGACAACAUUGACCAAACGUUUCGUCAACGAACGAUUCUGGAAAAUGACAAUACCAACACUCUCAGAACAAAUUUCCAUUCUUCGUUACCGGUUUACUAUGAGAAUAAUUGCGUUAAACUUGAUAACCGAAUCGCGUUGUACGACGAACCGAUGGAUAGUUCCAUACAAAAUUCGUUCGUUGGUACAUUAGUUGCUAAUGAACAAGAAGCGAAUACCAUUAGCAGAAUAAAUACGAUGCAAAAGCAAAUAGACGAUAUCUAUCAAACUAUUGUAGAGAAUACUAAUGUUACUGCCCAAAAUUCGUUAAUACGCGAUGGUGAACCAUAUACGGACGACAUGUUCAUGCGUCCACAAUAUUCUCGAUUACCAGCGAACGAUAAUACUUUUCGUUUUUAUCGAGGUCCAAGAAAUGGCCAACAAUAUUUUCAAGAACAUAUGAACGCGACCAAUACGCGUGGUACACGAGGAGUCGUAACCGGGGCUGAAGAGACUGAUGGAAAUAUUGCUAUCGCUGGUAUCGGCGCAGUUAGAGACUGUACGAAUGGUCUAUCUACGAAAACUCGCCGAAGAGAACCAAGCACAACGACGCCUUCCAAUUAUCGAUGUAACAUAGUGCCUACCACCGUAUAUACCGGAGUUCCUGCGAACGGCGAGUGUUACCGAACCAUGUAUUUCGUUCCGUAUAAUAGCUUAUCCGAUCCGACUUAUCAAAACAUCCAACGCAUUUUGCCGUCGCAUCCUUCUCCUAGUUACGCGAAUCACAUCGAGAGAUAUCCGUAUCCCCGUUCAAACAAGAACGAUAGUCGAAUGCAAACGCAAACGCAAGCGCAAACGCUAACGCAAACGCAAACGCAAACGCAAACGCAAACGCAAACACAAACGCAAGCAUCGCCGACACCGCCGCAAUUUAGAUAUUUCCAUUUAGGAAAUCGUUCGGUAUCACCGAUAUCGAAUAUUACUCAAAACCUCGAUCACGCUUCGCCACUUCCUCCCGGUUCACUCGGUCACUCUAUACCUCCUGGGUCCUCUCCUCUUUUCGAUUCCCGACUCUCAUCCAUCUCAUCGUCUAAUCCAAUCACGUUACAACCCACUCAACAAACCUUGCACCUUCAUUUGCAUCAUCAUCAACAACCAGACGAUUUUCGAAUUUCCGGCCUCGCUUUCUCCUCGGUUCCUCAUACCGCCAAUCAUUCGUUACAAUUUCACCAUCAUGCGCAACAUCAGCAUCAUCCCCCUUAUCAUAGACACAAUUACCAACCUACACUUUACCGUUUACCAUCCACUAUGUCUACCGUAGCAUCUUCCUCUGCGUCUUCUUAUACCGUAAUAGCUCCAUCGAGAUGCCCUGCGUUCAAUGGUAGCGAAAUAGCAGCAACCACCGAAGGUUCUUAUCGGUUCUAUCAACUGCACUUAGGACAUACAGUUCUCACACCUUCCUCCGCCGAUUUACAAUCGGCUCAAACCUUAUUAUCGUCGUCCGCUUCUAUUUCCAUCCCUUCUAGUUCCACCUCAUUCUCACCCUCACUGCCGCAAUCAUCCUCGCACUCACCCUCGUUAUCGUCUACGUUCUCUUCUUUACCGACAACCAUCGCACCUGUAACGCCUCAACAAGCCUCUAACCUUAUUCCUCCGAAUCGUAUUAUCGAUAAUAUACACAAUACCAACUUUAAUCCCGCGUGUCGCGCAGCAACUAUUCAGUCUAUUUCUAACAAUGUUGCGACUUCUGUACCGUCCACCAUCACCGUUUUCUCUUCCUCAACUUCUUGCGCCUUAUCAUCCUCCUUGUCAUCCUCCUCAUCGUCAGCUUCAUCCUCAUCUUCUUCUGCUUCCUCCUCUUCCUCCUCCUCGUCAUCUUGUUCCUUCUCCUCCUCCUCAUCCUCCUCUUCGUCGUCUUGUUCCUCAUCGUCUUCCUUGCAAAUUCCUUGUUCACCUUCGAAACCACAAAACCAGCAAAUAAUUGGUAACUACACAGCAAUGGAACGUGGAGUUCCAGAAGGAGCAGCCAGCGCACCGUCUCACGACAUAUCGCAGUCCGGAAUUUUACUCACGACAAAUUCAUACGUCGUGCAUAAUUCCAAUGGUGUACAGACUUUACCCACUCAAACACAGAGUUCGGUAUAUUAUGCCAUGAAUGUUUAAAUUUAUCGUAUUGUAGCGAACGUUGAGCGUACUCGGCGCGUCUAUGUAUUUUCAAUAUCUCGUGUAUUUCUAAUAUAUACACGUAGCGACACAUAGACGCGCACAUACAGGAUGAUCAAAAUCAUAAUACAAUUAUAGCUGUGUGAAAUAUUUCCGAGAAAUUUCAAGCACUUCUAGUGCCCGAAACACGAAAUUUUUCCAUAUCAGAAAACCUAUAAUACAUAGCUCUAUUUGUUCCGUUUUCCCAACAAUUUUCCAUCAACUCGCUGUUAUCCAUCUGAUACUAGAAAUAUUCAUAUUCAUAGAGCGAUGGCAAAGCAACCACUACCAAUGCGCAUCUUUUUCCUAAUGUUGAGGCACGUAAAUGAACAAACUGCCUUUUCUCCUCAUAACUUGACAGAUUCAAGCAGAAUCGACCUAUAAAAUUGUAACGACCUAUAAAAGAACCAACUCAGGGCCUGUGUAAUUCCGAAAGAUAAAUUAUCUUUUGCCGCUUAUUAUGCGGCAAUAUUGUACGUAUAUACGUUGUAAUCGAUUCUAGUCACAGCGAUAUAUUUACUACUUACGAGGAUAUCAACAAGCAUAAACCAAAGGACGUUCACAGUGUUUAUGUAUACAUGUAAGUAUAGCUGACACUAAUUAUUAUUUUCGAGAAUUUCGCUGGAUUCCGUUCAAUUUUUGCAUUGUGGAAUUGAUAAAUUAAUUAGAAAUUUUUAACAAAAUAC